AUGGAAGGAACACGAGUGAAGCUCCAGUACCACGGAUUCUGUGAUGCGUCAGAAAGGGCGUAUGGAGCGGCGAUCUAUGUCCGUGUGGAGACGGCAAACAAGGUUUCCACACAUCUCCUCACUGCGAAGACAAUAGUGGCUCCUGUCAAGUCUCUCUCAGUGCCACGUUUGGAGCUUUGUGGCGCAGUCCUGUUGGCUGAGUUAUCUGCAGCCCUCCUCCUGAAUCUGCCAGCAGAAAGUUUCCAGACUUUCUUUUGGACUGAUUCAACAAUUGUUCUCGCCUGGUUGAACAAGCCACCCUGCAGAUGGACAACCUUUGUGGCCAAUCGUGUGGCCAAAAUUGUCCAAGCCAGCGACGCCAAGAACUGGUCGCAUGUGCGAUCCGAGCACAAACCGGCAGAUCUUGCAAGCCGAGGUGUCCUGCCACAAGAAUUGAUGCGUAAUCCUUUGUGGUGGCAUGAACCAGAGUGGCUUCAUCUCCCGUCGGAUCAAUGGCCAACAUCUCCAAGUCCCAUUCCGGAGACUCUGCUGGAGCAGAGGAUUAAGUGCAACGUCGUUAAGUUACCUCCUACUCCUGACUUCCUGAAUAAGUUCUCUGAGUUUGGCAAGGCACUGCGCACGUCUGCCUAUGUUCUCAGAUUCAUCGAUAGAAAUCGGAAGUUGGCAGUUCCAAGCUCUACCGUGGUCCAAGCGGAUGAGCUAAUACCACUGCAGUCCAAGCAGCAGGUUCCUUCCUCAAGUUCAAUCCGAAACUUGAACCCUUUCCUCGAUGGCAAGGGUAUUCUACGGGCCUGUAGGCGUCUGAGGGCGUCCCACUCGCUGCGUUAUGAUGAGAGUCAUCCAAUCAUCCUCUCGUAUUCCUCGUCAUUUGCACGACUACUGGUUCGUUUCACCCAUCGUAUAUCCUUACAUGGGGGUAACCAAGUCGUCAUGCGGCUGAUCCGUUCCAGAUUCUGGAUUCCAAAAUUGAAAGUCCUCGUCAAAUCCACCAUCAACUCUUGCAAGGUUUGCGUGAUCUACAAGAAGAGACUGCAGACCCAAAUGGGGGACUUGCCCAAGGAAAGGAGGUCCUACUCGAGACCUUCCACGCACACUGGAGUCGACUUCGCCGGCCCAUUCAAAAUAAAAAAUUACACUGGCCGAGCCUGCCUCAUCACCAAAGGGUAUGUCUACGUCUUCGUGUGCUUCAGAACGAAAGCGAUCCACUUGGAGGCAACAUCGGAUCUCACGACGGAGAAAUUCCUGGCCGCAUUCUCUCGUUUCAUCGCACGGCGCGGGUGUCCAUACCAGAUGUACUCGGACAACGGGAAAACCUUCGUUGGAGCUGACAAGGUGAUCUUCUUGGAAGCGACGAGGGAGUGCAUCAUCGCACAACACGCCCACAAGAGCCUAUCCUGGCACUUCAACCCGCCGGGCGCCCCGCAUAUGGGUGGUUUAUGGGAAGCCGGCGUGAAGAGUUUCAAGGCACUCUUUACAAGGCGACCUCCACCGGGAACGCUCACUCCUGGCCAUUUCCUCGUAGGUGGCCCACUUAUUUCGGUGUUGGAUCCACCAAUUAACCAAACGGCCACCUCCAUCCUCAAUCGGUGGCAGCGACUGAAGGCUCUUCACCAACAAUUUUGUUUCCGUUGGAAAGAUGAGUACCUGAAGGAGCUGCACAAACGGACGAAAUGGCAAUCCUCUACACGGAACCUUCGGAUCGGUGACAUGGUCGUCAUAAAAGAAGACAACCUCCCCUCGAACGAGUGGCGCCUAGGACGGGUGCUGACGACGUGUCCAGGCACCGAUGCCAAGGUCCGAGUUGUAGAUGUGCUCACGGCGCGGAGUACUAUCCGAAAACCCGUUGCCAAACUCAUUCUACUCCCGAUGGACAGCAAGACUGACCCCUCCACUAUGCCAUCACAUCCAGCCGCCAGGACCGCCCCGCUGGCACCCACUCGUUCCGGUGUCGCGUGUGCCGUGGGAUUCACCCACUCCGGAAGUGUCAGCGAUUCCUGA